AUGGCAUCCCAGAACGGACAUACGAUUGUAAAUAAUGAGCUCGAAAGGUCGUCACACAGUGAAGAACAACCUUUAUUGGAAUCGCACUCGGAUGAAGUCCCGGAAUGGAGUCCUCCGGCAGGAUUUAUCCUGAUUCAAAUCGCAAUCAUGGCAAACGUCUUCCUCGGUGGCUUUGACGGCACAAUCACGGCCUCGACCUAUGCCGUCAUCAGUUCCGAGUUCAAUGCUGCAAAUACAGCAUCGUGGUUAACUACUUCAUACCUAAUCACGAGCACCGCUUUCCAGCCUCUCUAUGGCCGUUUCUCUGAUCUGCUGGGUCGCCGAUCUUGUUUCUUCACAGCAACUGUCACUUUCAUGAUCGGGUGUCUGGGCUGUGCCGUCGCCCGCGAUAUCAUCUUCUUAAAUAUCAUGCGCGCCUUGACCGGUAUAGGAGGCGGAGGGUUGAUGACCAUGGCAACUAUCAUCAACUCCGAUUUGAUUCCCUUCCGCCAACGCGGAAUGUACCAGGCGAUCCAGAACGUCUCCUACGGCUUUGGUGCGAUCUGUGGUGCCUCAUUUGGCGGUUCCAUCGUGGACUCAAUCGGAUGGCGUUGGUGUUUCUUGCUGCAGGUCCCUGUGUCUCUGUUCGCCUUGGGCAUGGGCUACGUGGUGCUAAAAUUCCCAGCGCGCAAUACCGAGUCUGCAGAUGGUCGACCGAAGGGAAUUUGGCACCAGAUCGAUAUGCUGGGCGCAAUUUUGCUCAUCUUGGCUCUUUCGGCUCAACUUGUCGGCCUCAGCCUUGGCGGAAACAUUCUUCCUUGGACCGACGUCUGGGUAAUCAUCCCGUUGGUUGGAAGUGUGAUCUUGCUGGUUGCGUUCGUUGCUGUUGAAGCCACGACCAAGGCCGUGCCUUUAAUUCCACUGAAAAUGCUGCGCGGAACACUCCCAGUCUCCACACAAAUCGCCAACGUCUGCGUGGGAAUGGCGGCUUAUGCAUACCUUUUUACCCUUCCUCUGAUGUUUCAAGUCAUUUUGCUGGACUCGCCCAGCAAGGCCGGCACGCGGCUCGUCAUCCCGUGUCUUGCCACCCCAUUAGGUGGUCUCACAGCUGGCAUCGUGAUGUCGCGCUGGGGCAAGCUCGCAUGGAUUGUCCGCGCAGGGGCAGCUCUAAUGCUUAUUGGCAAUACACUUGUUAUGUUGCUCCGCUUCAAUGACUCUGAAUGGAAGUAUCUCGCCUUCGUCAUUCCUGCCAACCUUGGUCAGGGCAUGGUGUACCCGGGGAUCCUGUUUACGUUCCUAGCCGCCUUCGACCAUUCCGAUCACGCCGUCUCCGCUUCAACUGUCUACCUCAUCCGCUCCCUCGGAACCGUGUGGGGGGUUGCGGUCACCUCAACCAUCAUACAGAACACAUUGAACUCAGGCCUCGGGGAGGCCUUGAGUGGACUACCAGACAAAUGGAAAGUGAUUGACGAGAUCCGUCACUCUGUCUCGGCCAUUUAUGAUCUUCCCCCGGACGUGCAGAUGGCCGCCCGGUUGGUGUACUACCGCGGAAUAAAGACGUCCUUCAUGGCGUCCGCGGCUUUUGCCUUCGUCGCGACUGUCGCCGCACUUUUUACUCGUGGGAAAGGACUUCAGCGUGCGGGUAGCAAGUAA